ACGCUUGGAGGCAUCAGUCCGUAUUUUGUUUUUGAGCAGUGCAGUCGUUUGAAAGCCGACCAACAAUGAACAAGUAUAUGAUCGUCUUCUUGGCUUUGUGCCUUAUUAGCGUUCACGCUUUCGUGAAACGCGAUGCUCCUGCGAAAACUGACGAGAACUACCUUCAAGAAAUCCAAAAACAGGCUGAUGCGUUAAUCAAGGAUAUCGGCGGCAAAUUGAAGGAGGCUGUAGACCCUGACACGAUAAAGAAGAAUUUCAACGAUUUUAUUGACAAUACUAAGAAAUUUAUUGACAACGCCGGCCCCAAGAAAGAAUAGUAAAUGUUCCUAUGAAAGACUGAUGUGCCUCCAUACCGACAUACUGAGCUCAACCGUAGGCUGUAAAACUAUGUAUCGGAAUUGUAGAGCAAGACAAUAAAAAUGUAAUGUGAUACUGUA